CAUUUGGAGGAAACGGACAGGAUGGAGGUCGCAGCAAAAAAAGGCACACUUUUGUUUGUUUUUGCAGCAUUUAUAAUCAUAUAACGAUUAACUAGCACAAAUCUGAAGAUAUAUAUAUAUAUGUAUAUAUAUAUUUAAUUCAUCAUGUCUGAAACUUUUUUUGCGGACGAUGGAGUCCAAGUUGAUAACGAUGGAGUUGGUCAAAGUGUUGUUCCAGAACAUUCCACUCGUCAUGAGGACAACUUGGCCGCCAAGCAGACUUUGGUGCCCGCCUUCAAGCAGAUGAAACUGGAAGAAGAAGCCCAGAAGAACUGGGACUUGUUCUACAAAAGAAACAACACGCAUUUCUUCAAGGACCGACAUUGGACCGGCAGAGAGUUCGAGGAGCUUAAGGCGUGCAGAGAGUCAGAAUCCCAGAGGCUGGUUCUGCUGGAGGCCGGCUGCGGUGUAGGGAAUUGUAUCUUCCCUCUGCUGGAAGACGAGGGCAACAUCUUUGUUUACGCCUGUGACUUCUCGCCAAGAGCUGUGGACUUUGUCAAAAACAAUCCUCUUUACAGUCGCGGUCGCUGCAGGGCCUUCCAGUGUGACCUGACCCGGGACGACCUGCGUGACAACAUUCCCGAGGCCAGCGUGGACGCGGUCACGCUCAUCUUCGUGCUGUCGGCCAUCCAUCCCGCCAAGAUGGCGCUGGCCGUGCGCAACAUCAGCACGGUGCUGAAGCCCGGCGGCGUGGUCCUGUUCCGGGACUACGGCCUGCACGACCACGCCAUGCGGAGGUUCAAAGCGAGCAGCAAACUGGCGGAGAACUUCUACGUGCGCCAGGACGGAACCAGAUCCUACUUCUUCUCUAAAGACUUCUUGGCGGCGCUAUUCUUGGAGGCGGGCCUCCUGUGCCAGGCUAACGAGUACGUCAUGAGAGAGACAGUCAACAAGAAGGAAGGACUUUGUGUUCCCAGAGUUUUCCUGCAGAGCAAGUUCAUCAAACCGGGCCGCCAUCAGGACCCCUGACCACGGACUUGUGUGACGUCACGCAGAUGUGAGUGAAUGAAAAUGUUGAAAAAGGGGACAUUUACUUGACGGGUUCAUUAUUAUUAGUGGUGGAGGGGGCAAGAGGUUGCUCUGCUCAUCCUCUUAUCUGGGAUAGGCUCCAGCACCCCCGCGACCCCGAAGAGGGACAAGCGGUAGAAAAUGGAUAGGCCUUUUAAUGUACGCCUCCCAAAUACUGUGAAUUCAGGACAAUAAGCUGCUACUUUUUUCUUACACUUUGAACUGCGGCUUGUAAAACAUUGCGGCCAAUUGCUUGUAUUUCGACACGUGACUUCUUCACAGAAGUGAAAACCAGAUGGCGGUUGUACAGCAAGCAGCACACACACUAUCUUGAGUACACAAGAGGCUUGAAUCUUCCUGCGAAAAGCAGAUACGAACAGAAAAAUCAAACUAUGCAAUGAAAUGGACCCCUAUAUUUGAUCAAAGAAAGAUUUUUGUCGAGCGAUAUCAAGGAUCAUGUCAGUCGCGUUCCCGGACAUAUCGAACGAUUGUGCUCCAGACGCCAUUCUACAUGACAAAACGGAUGAAAAUUGUUGAAAAUGUACUUCCUGUUUUACAUCAAACCAAAAGUAAAGCCGUCCAUAGCGGGUCUGUUCGAAAGGAUCCUUCAUUCAUCACUCCAAGUAAUGUUUGUAAGUUUUACAAUAUAACUAAAACAAUUCUAACUUACCAAACCGUCCCAUGUGUGAUUUGUGUAAGAGUGUUUUCGUGCAUAUUUGUACAUGCUAUUGUAAUGCAACGACAAUAGCGUCGUUCGCCAUAGCUAAUAUGCUAACAUGUCUACGAGUGUGUUAGUAUUAUAAACUUACAACGGCAUUCUUUUUGUAUUGUUUCGGUUUCACAAAUUCCUCAGUAAAUUCACCAAAACGUCACCGUGGGGUUAUUGAGUCUGUUUAGCCGAUUGUGAACUAGCUUCCGCAGCUAGUGGGUCCAUGACGAUGACUUCUGUUUUGUUUGAUCCGCCGUUUUACUGCCGGGAUACAGACACUGUUUGGAAACAGUUAAGGUAUGUAAAUAAAUAUUCAUGGAAUA